GGCUCUCGGCGGAGCCGCGGGCUUCAGCUGCCCGGUCGCGCCCCGUUUCCUCCCUCCCGCUCCGCCCCUCUCUCCGGCGCCCCCACUUCUCUCCCCGAGUGACUGAGGGACGAGCGGCCCCGCCCUCACCACCCGGCAUGGAGUCCGGGUCUCCGCGCAGCCCUCACUCCCCGCUCGGCGUCUCUUCCCUCCACGGUCGCUGAGCUGCCCCGGAGCCCGUGCGGAGGUCGGCACGACCCCCUAGGCCGACCGCGGCCCCGCCCACGGCCGCACCACCGCUGCGCUCUGGUUGGACCCCGACGGCCGAAGCCCAGUCCGCCCUCAGGUCCCCGCGCCAGAAUGAAGAAGAUGAGCAACAUUUAUGAGUCAGCUGCCAAUACACUGGGAAUCUUUAACAGCCCCUGCCUGACCAAAGUUGAGCUGCGUGUGGCAUGCAAAGGCAUUUCCGACAGAGAUGCCCUUUCCAAACCAGACCCCUGUGUCAUCCUCAAGAUGCAGUCCCAUGGGCAGUGGUUUGAGGUUGACAGAACAGAGGUGAUUCGCACCUGCAUCAACCCAGUGUAUUCAAAACUGUUUACCGUGGACUUUUAUUUUGAGGAGGUGCAGCGCCUGCGGUUUGAGGUCCACGACAUCAGCAGCAACCAUGAUGAGCUGAAGGAGGCUGACUUCUUGGGUGGUAUGGAGUGCACACUUGGCCAGAUUGUUUCCCAGAGAAAGCUGUCCAAAUCCUUGUUGAAGCACGGGAACACGGCAGGGAAAUCCUCCAUCAUGGUGAUUGCUGAGGAAUUAUCUGGCAAUGAUGACUACGUUGAACUUGCCUUCAAUGCACGGAAACUGGAUGACAAGGAUUUCUUCAGUAAGUCUGACCCAUUUCUGGAAAUUUUUCGAAUGAAUGAUGAUGCAACUCAGCAACUUGUGCACCGAACUGAGGUUGUGAUGAAUAACUUAAGCCCAGCCUGGAAAUCAUUCAAAGUAUCAGUAAAUUCUCUAUGCAGUGGAGAUCCCGACCGCCGGCUGAAGUGCAUAGUAUGGGACUGGGACUCCAAUGGCAAACAUGACUUCAUUGGAGAAUUUACCUCAACAUUCAAGGAGAUGAGAGGAGUAAUGGAAGGAAAACAGGUGCAGUGGGAGUGCAUCAACCCCAAGUACAAAGCCAAGAAGAAGAAUUAUAAGAACUCGGGCAUUGUGAUUUUGAAUCAGUGCAAGAUCCACAAGAUGCAUUCUUUCUUGGACUACAUCAUGGGUGGCUGCCAAAUCCAGUUUACAGUAGCUAUAGAUUUCACGGCCUCGAAUGGGGACCCCAGAAACAGCUGUUCCCUGCACUACAUCCACCCCUACCAGCCCAAUGAGUACCUGAAGGCCUUGGUGGCUGUGGGGGAGAUUUGCCAAGACUAUGACAGUGACAAAAUGUUCCCAGCCUUUGGGUUCGGUGCCAGGAUACCCCCAGAGUACACGGUAUCUCACGACUUCGCAAUCAACUUUAAUGAAGACAACCCAGAAUGUGCAGGGAUUCAAGGAGUUGUGGAAGCCUACCAGAGCUGCCUUCCCAAACUCCAGCUCUAUGGCCCCACCAACAUCGCUCCCAUCAUCCAGAAGGUCGCCAAGUCAGCAUCAGAGGAGACCAACACUAAGGAGGCAUCGCAAUACUUCAUCCUGCUGAUCCUGACUGACGGGGUCAUCACAGACAUGGCCGACACGAGGGAGGCCAUUGUCCAUGCCUCCCACCUCCCCAUGUCGGUCAUCAUCGUGGGAGUGGGCAACGCAGACUUCAGUGACAUGCAGAUGCUGGACGGCGACGACGGGAUUCUGAGGUCGCCCAAGGGAGAGCCCGUCCUUCGCGACAUCGUCCAGUUCGUGCCCUUCAGGAAUUUCAAACACGCAUCUCCAGCUGCCCUGGCAAAGAGUGUGUUGGCUGAAGUCCCAAACCAAGUCGUGGACUAUUACAAUGGCAAAGGGAUUAAGCCAAAAUGUUCAUCAGAAAUGUAUGACUCUUCCCGGACACUGGCUCCAUGA